AUGGAAGAGAAUAUUACAGAGAGCGGCAUUCCAAGCACCGGGUUCGGGGGUCAAGAAAUCCUUAUUGGAGAGGUUCCAAACGAGGAUGCAUUCGUGAUAUGCCCAUCACAGGGCAAUAUAGACAAGAAAGCGGUCCACAGCAAAGAUAGUAGUGCCAUAGAUGACAUUAGCAAGUGUAAGAAGCAUAGGGUUGAUAACUGUAUCUGUCUUUCGAAGAUUCAUUACGAAGUAGAUGGAGAUAUUCUUUGUGCCAGGGAAAUGAAGCCUUUUUUUUAUAUCAACAAGGUCUCGAUAUUACGCUUACGCCGUGCAAGCUGCACAAAGGCAAACACUGAAAGACAGAAAGACACAUAG